AUGCGCGGGAACCGGGAGCAGAGAGUGGCCUUCUCGCCGAUGAAGGAGGCGGUCCCCGCGGUGCCCAAGGAGGAGGUGUGGGAGGUCCGCCCCGGCGGCAUGCUGGUGCAGAAGCGGAGCCCCGACGCGGACCCGCCCCCCGGUGGCGCGCCCGUGCCCAUCAUCCGCGUCAAGGUCAAGUUCAACGGCGUCUACCACGAGAUCUACAUCAACUCCCAGGCAUCCUUCGGCGAGCUCAAGAAGCUGCUGUCGGAGAAGACGGGCCUGCACCCGGACGACCAGAAGGUGGUGUACAAGGACAAGGAGAGGGACUCCAAGGCGUUCCUGGACAUGGAGGGCGUCAAGGACCGCUCCAAGAUGCUCAUGCUCGAGGACCCCGCCGCCAAGGCCAAGCGCCUCCUGGAGGAGCGCCGGACCAGCAAGGCCGACCGCGCCGCCAAGGCCAUCGCCCGCGUCGCGCUCGACGUCGACAAGCUCGCCACCAAGGUGUCGGCGCUGGAGACGAUCGUGAGCAAGGGCGGCAAGGUCGUGGACGCGGACGUGGUGGCGCUGACCGAGGCGCUGAUGACCGAGCUGGUGAAGCUGGACUCCAUCGCCGCUGUUGACGGGGAGGUGAAGGUGGCGCGGCGGGCGCAGGAGAAGCGGGUGCAGAAGUACGUGGAGACCCUGGACGCCGUCCGCGCCAAGAACAAGACCGCGGCGACGGCGCCGGUGGCCAAGGCCAGCAGCAACAACAACAAGGCGCGGCCGCCGCACCUCCCGCCGCGCCCGCCCCCGGCGGCGGCGCAUCAGAACCAGCACCAGCAGCGGCGGCAGUUCCAGCCGCCGGCGCCCACCACGGCGACGGCGCCGGUGCCGCAGACCCAGACGGCGAGCUGGGAGACGUUCGACCUGCUGUCGUCGGUGCCGUCGACGUCGGUGGCCCCCGCGACCACCACCACGCCGUCCCCGCGCUUCGAGUGGGAGCUCUUCUAG